ACAACAACGAUAUGCCCGGCCGUCACAGCUGGGACCCGGGUCGCAUUGGUGUCGAACAUUUGGCCGGCGCAUUGAGUCCCCUCUGCAUAACCGAUUCGAGUCAUGAAAUCGUGCGACCAAAGCCGCGUAGACCAACUGGCAACUUGCGCAGCGACUUGCCCGUCGGCGUCUUCAGCCCGCAACCAUCAAACUCUCAACUCCACGGCUCGCCCAGCGCAGCAGCUUUGCCUAACCAAAGUCAAAUGAGUGCAAUGCCUACAUCGCCUUCGACCGGCACCACAAUGACCGCCAACUCAACGCCGCUCAAUGCGCCAAAUGGUUUGAGUUCCUCCAGUGGACGCAUACAAAGCCCUGCGGUUGCCACGCCAGCGCAGCGCAUUUCCAAGGAAGUGGCCCAGCGUUUGAAUGGAGGCGUUGCUGUUGCCAGUAGCGCACCUAUCGUAAUUGUGGGUUCUCCAACAACACAUCAUAAUAACGCGCCCAAUACUUCGAUUAAUAUAAGAAAUAUCAGGAGUCCACCAGCAGCGCCGACUAAGCCGUCGCCACAUCGCUCCAUGGCAGCGCCUGCGCGACUCACUGUGCAAAGCACACCAGUCAAGUCGCAGCCGCCUAUGUUGAGCGGUAAUUUGCCAUCGCAGCAGCCGCAACUACCACAGCCGGUGACAGCGCAACAGAAGUCAGCAAGCGCGAGCGAUAAACGCCCGCUACCGCUAUCCUCUUUGGACUUGAGCAACUGCAGUAUUGGCAUACCGACGGCAGAGUCAACCCCAGCACAUGGCGCAACUAGUGGCGGUGGCUAUCAGCUCGGUGCGCAUGCAAAAUCAACGAACACGACGACCAGCACACGCACACAUCACCACGAAUUCCGCGCGCUUCAGCGCGUGCAGGAGUGUCAUAGCUCGUCGGAUGAGAAUCGAUCAUCGGGGCAUGCCAGCAUGUCCGAUACAGGUGGCCAUGGCAGUUCCUCGCCCGGCGGUGGUGUAGCGCUUGGUCCACUACCAGAAGAUCGUCUCGCCGCUGGCGUCACCAAUCGCAGCACGCGCUCGCGCACAAGCACCAAUCAUUCGCGCGCGCGUCAUCGCGCUAUACCCGCCUCCAAAGCACCAUGGAGUGGUAGCGGACUGGAGGACAUCAAAUUGGCCAUACAACAACUAACAAUGCGCUCGCAGACGAGUACGAGCACGUACAGCAGCCUCAGCGCAGGAUCAGAGAGUUCGGAACCCGCACGCCGCUUAGGUCGCUACUCUUCGCUGGAGACCGUAAACACAAAUGUGACCAGUGCUGACGAGUUUGUAUGGGUGGACUCACAUAAUCGCCUUGUGGAAUUGCAGAAUCCGCCCUGGAGUCAGCACUGCAUUAUGCGCGUUGUACGAAAUGGCCGUUGCAAAGAGCAGGCGGAGCGUGUAUCAGUCGAAACCAUACCGCGCCUGGGUUAUCUGCUGCAACGCGCGUUGGUGCGUAUAGCGCGCGAAGUGCAACGCCUCUCAGCCAGCCUGGGACUGUGCUCCAAACAAGAGGUGGCAGCAGCUUACAAAAUCGUUCUAUGUCCGGCAUUGGCAGACUCUUGCAUCAAGGCGUGCUUGCGCGCAGCAGCGAUGUUCGCUGUUACGGGCGACAGCGCGUUAAAGCAAAGCAAAUCAGCGCGUGCUGGACUACAGUUACCCGUGGGACGCUUUCAUCGUUGGAUGGCCGACGCGCGACUCGGCAAGUUUAUACAUGAAUACGGGGCGGUGUAUCUCUGCGCUGGCAUGGAAAAUUUGCUUGAGGAGCUACUUCUGCAAAGUUUUCCCGUGGAUAAUUCAAACCAACUAACAACGACCGUGUUGGACCAAUCUAUUGCACAUUCCGGUGAUCUGUGGGGUCUACUGCAGCCAUUCGCGCACCUGAAUGCAGGGCGAGUGGCUUCCGGUGCACUUACAAUGCCACGUUGGGCCAGCCUGUCAUCCCUCGGCUCGGGUACCCAGAAGAGUGGAAGUUCUGGCGCCAACAGCAAUGUGUCCCUGGAGCCCUGCCUGCUCACGACCUGCGUUGGCAGCAUAAGCGAACUAAAAGACUUGACGCUGCGCGCUCAACAGAAGUUUCAGCACACCGCGCUUUCCAAUGCUGCGCUCUCUGCGCUGUUCUACUUCAUGCGUUGCUCGCAACUAGAGCACAGCGAUCUGAGCGGUGCACCAUCGAGUGUCAGUGGUAGCGCUGGCGGCAGCAGCCAAAACGUACAGGAGCUUUGCUACGAACGCGCAUAUGUUGUGCUACCCCCAUUGGUUGAAUGGCUGCGUGUUGCCUCAGCGCACGCAGAAUACCGUCACGCGGUUAUGAUCGAUAGGGAUGAUAUCAUGCAGGCGGCGCGCUUGCUUUUGCCUGGCGUUGAUUGCCCCCUGAGGUCGAUCGCUCACGACGAAGAGCUACCUACAAAGAAGACACACUUUUCACAUCCUGGCGCUACUACACCCAUUGCGUCGAGCAUCAGCGAAGACACCACGGAGUUGGGCAAGCGCGCUACCAUCACUCUGGCUUUUAAGCUCAUGCUUACCGGGCGCGCGGAAUUAUUGGCUCAAGCAGCCAACUUGCUGCCGCCCACGACGCGUUAUGAUACGUUGAACCACGCUGGACUCACGGCGCUUAUGAUCGCUGCUAUACGCAAUGACGAGGUGGUCAUACAAUCGCUGCUUGAUGCCGGCUGCGAUCCAAAUGUGGAGGUGCCACCAGUUGUGCAGACGAACUAUCCAGGCAUACAUCCAGACACACAGCACUGGACAGCAGUGACAUUCGCCGCGAGUCGCGCCAAUUACCUAGCAUUGCGUUUGCUGCUCGAGAGAGGCGGCAAAGUGGAAGGUGGGGCGCGCUUAAGCGAGGAGAAGCCAACGUUAACACCGCUGCAAGUAGCCUGCGGCUCUGGUAAUGUUGAAAUAAUUUCACUGCUGCUGGCGCAUGGCGCGAACGCUUUUCUCUCUACACAACAAAAGGACACAAUGUGUUUCGCCGGCGGUUCGGCGCAGCGUGGCUCUUAUUGUGCUAUCUCUGUAGCAGCCGCGCAUGGACAACGCGCUUGCUUGCGAAAGCUGCUCUCUCAUCCAAUGUCACCAGGGAUCAAAGAUGUACUUUCGCUCGAAGAAAUGCUUGCCGAAGGAGAACCAGUCGGUAACGCCACGCGUGGUGGGGGAGCCGCCGGUGCUGGAAAUGCGACCGGUGAACGCAUAAGCGCUGAUCUACCACUAACACUAAAUAAGACGCAAAUCAAGAGCCUGCAAGAGGCUAUGUACCACAGCGCCGAGAACAAUCAUUUAGAUAUAACAAUAGAACUGCGCACCCUAGGCGUACCCUGGACGCUGCAUUGCUGGAUGCACGCCUUGGCGGCUGCGCAUGAGCUGCGCUUGGAUGCGGUGAUCGACCAACUACUACAAGACUUCCUACAGGUAUGUCCAGACGACUACAGCGCGCAGUUUGUGAGCGAGUGCCUGCCGCUGCUCUUCAAUAUCUUCCGCUACAGUAAGAACGAGGGCACAACCCUUCUGCUGGCCGACAUCUUCGCCACCUGCUUCGGCUGGGAGACUAUCAAACCCAUAAAAGAGCCUGCGCUGCAGUCGGUGAACAGCUCACGUAUCGACCCGAAAUUUGUCAACAAUCCAGAGUUGAGCGAUGUGACUUUCAGAGUGGAGGGCAAAAUUUUCUAUGGUCACAAGAUAGUGCUGGUAACCGCCUCGCCGCGUUUCCAGAGCAUGCUCAGCUCCAAGCUGAGUGAGGGAAACACGCCCACGGUGCAAAUCAAUGACAUACGCUACCACAUAUUCCAGUUGGUCAUGCAUUAUCUGUACAGCGGUGGCUGUGCCACACUGGAGGUCAGCAACGCUGACGUUUUGGAGCUGAUGGCAGCGGCGAGCUUCUUUCAGCUGGAGGGCCUCCUGCGCUACACCGAGUCACGCUGCUCUGAGAUGAUCGACAUCGACAAUGUGGUGGCCAUGUACAUACAUGCGAAGGUUUACAACGCCAGCAAACUACUCGAGUACUGCCAGGGCUUCUUGUUGCAGAAUAUGGUCGCUCUUCUCACCUAUGACGAUUCGGUAAAGCGUUUGCUCUUCGCCAAAAAGAUACCCAAUCACGAUGUGCUCUCAGGUCUGCUGCACACGCUACAACAACGCAUCAAGCAACGCAAGCCUGUAGGUGUGGGCAAUUUCCGUCAACAGCUAAGCUCGCCACCACCCAGCAGUGGAGGCGCACAUUUGUUGAGCAGCAGUAUGGGCAACAGUGGCGGGGGUGGAAGUCUGGGCGCUGCUAAGAAGUAAAAUUUGACGCAUUGGGAAUGUAAAAUAUCGACAUUUAAAGGCUUACAAAUAUUUAAAGAAGUAAAAAUAUGUAGAUUUAGUAUUUUUG